ACAAAGCUUGGUCCACUAUCUCUUUCUCUCUUUCUCCACCCCCCUCUUGGCACUAAAUCUAUUAUAAAUCUAGGUUAUACCUCUGAACCAGAGCUUGGUAUCUUAUCCAUGGAUAAGCAGCAACAAGAAAACAUACCAUCUUCAUCACCAUCUUCUCCAGGAAGAUCAGCAGGAGGAGAAGCAAAGAGAGAAGAUGCAGCAGCAGGCUCAGGAAUUAGAGCAGGGCCGCCAUGUCCGACUUUCGUAGGCAAGCAUAGAAUGGCUGCUGCUAUUUCCCUUCUCCAUACUCAAAUAAACAUUAUUCAGGAAGAGCUUAACGAACUCGAAACAGUAGGCGAGUCCUCCAUUGUCUGCAAAGAACUCGUUGCAAGCAUCGAAUCGGUUUCUGAUCCCCUGCUUCCAUGGAGUAAAGGAGCACCUGAAGUGGGAUGGGAUAGGUGGUUCAGAGGAGCACACAACACCAGAAGUAACAACCGCUGGAUCUAAGAAUGGGGAAACUAAUUUCUUUACCUAAUAUGUUGUCUUAUUUUUGCUACAUUUUGCAUUACCUUGAUCAUAAUGUUUUGAAUAACAUAUCAGGAAGAAUGUAUUGGGAUACAGAGAAGCAUAUAUGUAAAAAUUCUGGGAAUGUUUUGCCUAAGAAUGAAGUUAUUAGAUAUUUUUGGUUGCUGCAAAUGGUUACAACCAGCGGGCAAUCGCUAUC